AUGGCAGCAAGCUCCCUGCUUCUUUUUAGCUUAUGCAUUGGUCUCCAAAUUUUCUCUGGAUUCGCUGAUAAACUGGUCUUGAACAUCGAUUGUGGAGCAACGGGUACGCGCAGUGACAGCCUGGGCAUGAAAUGGGUCGGCGACGACGGCUAUAUUAACACAGGCCAAACAGCGAAGGUUAAUACAGACUACCAAGAAUACCAGACCCUCCGUUACUUUCCCUCCCAAAAGAAGAGCUGCUACGUGAUCGGAGGCGUGAACAGGGGAAGGAAACACAUGGUUCGAGCACACUUCUUCUACGGCAACUACGAUGGGAAGUCAUCGCCGCCAUCCUUCGAUCUUCAAUUUGAUGGGAACCCUUGGGUGACAACUUCAUCCAACGGGCCCUCCACUUGGGAAGUAAUAUAUGCACCCAAGAGAGAAAACAUCAGCAUCUGUGUUGCUCAGACAUCUCCGGACCAUAUACCUUUCAUCAACGCCCUUGUGAUUAGGGAAUUUGAGGAAGGCAUGUACAAGACGAACGGCGCAGAAGACGUUCUUCUAAUGUGGAGGAGGAUAGCCUUCGGAUCGAAAGGCUUUGUUAGGUACCCUGACGACCCUUAUGAUCGUUACUGGCAUUCAACAAGUAAGAUCGAUGGCGUAACUAAUGUAACGAGAGACAACAUGAGCCUCAACAAAAACUUCCCGGAUAUUCCGGGACUGGCAUUAGCCCACGCCAUAACACCAACGUCGAGCAAUGUCACGAAUCUGACAGUCCCAUCGUCGGAGACGUCUUUGGAUGAUGCUACGUAUUACUACAAUUUCUAUUUCUCCGAAGUGUUAGAGGCAGCUUACGAAAAUAAAAGCAGGUCUUUCGAUUUUUUUGUUGAUGGCGAAAAGCAUAACGACGACGGUCCUAUAAUCCCUCCUUAUCAGUUAUAUGUGAGGAACCACAAUCGGAGCCGUAACCUGACUGGUGGAUCGGCCAUUUCCUUGGUCAACACACCAGAUGCAUCCCUUCCUCCCAUCCUCAACGCCAUGGAGCUUUUCACACUCAAGACAGGGCUCGCUGAUGGAACUAGUGAAAAUGAUGUGAAGGCGUUGGAGGAGUUACGGGGUCAAUAUCAACAGCUUCAGUCGUGGGCAGGUGAUCCAUGCCUUCCCAAAGGCUCCACUUGGGAUUGGCUCAACUGCAGUGCCGACAAUCCACCACGCGUAACUGAACUGCACCUCAACGGAUCACGCUUGAACGGCAACCUUACAGACUUCAGCGGCUUGGCUGCACUUGAGAUAAUUGAUCUGAGUAACAACAGCUUGAACGGUCAGAUCCCAGAGUUCUUGGGGAGAUUUCCUUCCUUGAAAGAACUGAACCUGGCAGACAAUAAUUUCAUUGGACCUCUACCUGCAUCACUAGCAAGCAACAAGAAACUUAAACUAAAUAUAACGGGAAACACCAUCACUGAAGUCAUUGCAAGUCCACUCUCAAAUAAGAAGCUGAUCAUUGUUGGAGUAUCAGUUGGCCUGGUUAUCUUAUUUCUAUUGCUAGUUGGUUGUGUCGUCAAUGCACGCCUUCUAAGCCAACAUCUUCGACCAUCACUGAAUGUUGUGUUCGAGAAUAAUGUAGAGAACCAUAUCAUGCAACAAGCUGGUUGCAUUCAAUUGGAGCAAAAUCAAGCAUUCACCUAUGAAGAGAUUGCUAAAAUCACAAAAAACUUCGAAAUCCUUAUUGGAGAUGGAGGAUCUGGUUUUGUUUAUUAUGGACGUCUUAAUAAUGGCAAUGAAGUUGCUGUCAAAGUAUUGAAAGACUGGCAAGAACAAGGAUCUAAAGAAUUUGUUGCAGAGGUCAAGUUAUUAAUGACAGUGAAUCACAAAAACCUUGUAUCGUUCAUUGGAUUUUGUAAUGAAGGCAUGAAUAUGAUUAUCCUCUACGAGUACAUGCAGAAUGGAAGCUUGAGAGGCAUCUUAGCAGGAAAAAGAACUGGAGUAGAACUUUUAACAUGGAAGAGGCGGCUGCAAAUAGCAUUGGAUGUUGCAACAGGUUUGGAUUAUCUACACUCAGGUUGCCAACCCUCCAUAAUUCACAGAGACAUAAAAAGCACAAACAUACUUCUUAAUGAACGACUAGAAGCCAAAGUAGCAGACUUUGGAAUUUCCAGGGCUGUUGAGAAGACUCAAAUAUCAACAAUGAUUGCUGGUACACCUGGAUAUAUUGAUCCAGAGUACUCAGAAACAAGCAUUCUUACAAAAAAAAGUGAUGUUUACAGCUUUGGUGUGGUUCUUUUUGAGCUUAUGAGCGGUCAGGGAGCCAUACUUGGCAGUCUUGAGGAGCACUUUCAUAUUGUUGAAUGGGCAAGAUCAAAGAUUGUGAGGGGUGACAUAUUAAGCAUUAUUGACUCAAGGAUUAAAGGGCAGCACAAAAUAAAUUCUGUGUGGAAGGUAGCAGAUAUAGCAUUAGCAUGUACUGCACGAAGGUCUGUUGAGCGACCAAACAUGCAUAAUAUUCUAAAGGACUUGAGCGAGGCGAUGGAGAUUGAGACUGGUAACUAUUCUUUUGAUGUUUCAAGGAUAGAAGUGAUGACCACUUCAGUGUGUUCUGCUGAAACACCUAGUUCAAGUGCAAAUCACCCAGAACAUCCAUUAGCAAGGUAGAAACUUGUGUUGAUAUCAACAUCAUAACAUACAGACAGUUUUGUUGAAACAUUAGUUGAUCUCUUGCUAUUUGACAAUUGACUUAUUAAAUAAGCAACACAAAGCAGCCCUGUA